UCUCCCUACCAUUUCCAUCAUCAGCCAUCUGCUAGACUCCAAAGCUCGCCAUGGAGGUUGCCAUAUCUGCAGUUACAAGUGAACUCGUGACCCGGUUCAUCUCCUUCCUAAUGGACAGGUACCGGUCAACGCGUGCUCGGUCCGAGGAGAAGGCAGUGGAGACGUUGCAACGUCUUCUGAUGAGAGUUAGCACUGUUGUUGAGGAAGCAGAUGGAAGAUACAUCACCAACUCUGGCAUGUUGAUGCAGCUCAAGAUGCUCUCAGAGGCCAUGUAUCGAGCCUACCAUGUGUUGGACGCCUUCAGGUACCAAGCCCACGAGGAAAAAGGCGUCAAUAAGGUUAGCGGCACGACCAAUUUGCCUUUCUCCCUUCCUCUCAAACGUUCUCGCACAGCUGACACUUCUUCAAAUGGCAAGAUCAUGCACCUUGAGUUGCAUCGUUCCUUGGAAACUUUAGAAAUUGUUAUGGCAAACAUGGCAGAAUUUGUUGUGCUUUUGGGUGGAUGUGAGCGCCUGUCACGCAGACCAUAUGAUGCAUAUCUUUACACCGACAACUUCAUGUUUGGCCGCCACGCCGAGAAGCAAAAGCUAUUGAGCUUCUUGUUGCAGCACAACCCUCCCGGUCAUGCUCCAGCUGUUCUUCCGAUCAUAGGCAGUAUAGCAGUUGGGAAGAAAACUUUGGUGGCACAUGUAUGUGGCGAUGAAAGAGUUCGCUCAAGGUUUGCUUCGGUUGUGCACUUGAAUGGAGAUAGCUUAUUGAGAGUACUGGAUCUGGAUCAGAGGAGCACCAUGUCAGGGAUGAUAUUGGUAAUUGUUAAAUUAGAUUCAGAUGUAGCUGACGAGGACUGGAAUAAGUUUCACUCCUUCGUCAAGGAAACCAAUACAGGAAGCAAGGUGAUCAUUGUUAGUAGACAUCAAAGAACCGCCAGAUUUGGAUCAGUGAAGCCAAUUUUUCUCAACCCCAUCCCUUACGAGGAGUUCUGGUACCUCUUCAAGACACUUGCAUUCGGAAGUGCAGACAUGGCACAGUACCCACGUCUAGUACGAAUUGCAGAAGAAUUUGCCAAGGAGUUGCAAUCGGGAGGGUCACUCGUCGCAGCGAAUGCAGUUGCUGAUGUAUUAAGAACGAAUUUGAAUAUUCAAUUCUGGCACUGCAUGCUCAGCAGGCACAGAAGAGUGAUUCAGAAGAAUAUCUCAGUACACGGGGCUCCUCCAAACUUGCAUUUCCAGCAAGGCCACACGAUCGACAUAACCGACUUCGCUUUGCACGCAUCGUCUCCAAUCCGCAUUGCACCUUGUACCCGUAGCAGCAAUAUGAUGAAAAAUGAUUCAAUGAAGACAAAAUCACGAAAGGUAGUGACACUUCGGGAACUGCUGGUCAAUCCCACCGGCAGGCCAAAAGAGGAGUUCAGUCUCUUGACAUGGGAAUCGAGGAUGCCUCCUUACAGUAGAUUUGCGCACUUGGUCGAAAGUUGUAGCGAUCAUGAUUUGCCUCAAGAUGUUACCGUGUCAGGGAGAAAACGUCAAGGAGCCCCUGUCUGAUAUUGUAACAUUUCUUUUCUUUAGAUAAUGUUCUGAUCUUGUGUCAUGACCUGCGAGGCAUGUAGGGUAGCGUACGUGCAGCUGUUAUACAUUUUUUUUGAGGAAAAUAUCUGUUGUAUAUUCAGCUGUUGUUUUCUCCGAAUUUCCUUCCACUCUACCUAUUUUUCUA